UCUCGCUUCACAUUUGCCUUUAGGGGCGAAGGAACCCCAGUCUUUCUCUGCAUCCUAGGAAUUGACCGUCGUUCCUAAUAGUUACUGCAAGUGUGGCUGCAGGCUUCAGCCCCGGCCGGGUCAGCCAAAGCAGAAAUGCCAGAAAAGGAGAACAACUUCCCCCCGCUGCCGCGGUUCAUCCCGCUGAAGCCCUGCUUCUACCAGAACUUCUCCGACGAGAUCCCCAUCGAGCACCAGGUCCUGGUGAAGAGGAUCUACCGGCUGUGGAUGUUUUACUGCGCCACCCUUGGGGUCAACCUGGUUGCCUGCCUUGCCUGGUGGAUCGGCGGGGGCUCAGGAGCCAACUUCGGCCUGGCCUUCCUGUGGCUGCUGCUCUUCACGCCCUGCGGUUAUGUGUGCUGGUUCCGACCUGCCUACAAGGCCUUCCGGGCCGACAGCUCCUUUAACUUCAUGGCGUUUUUCUUCAUCUUUGGAGCACAGUUUGUCCUGACCGUCAUCCAGGCCAUCGGCUUCUCGGGAUGGGGCGCAUGUGGUUGGUUGGCAGCGAUUGGCUUCUUCCAGACCAGCGUGGGGGCUGCCGUGGUCAUGCUGCUUCCGGCCAUCAUGUUCUCCCUGUCUGCUGCUAUGAUGGCCAUCAUGAUUGUGAAGGUGCACAGGAUCUACCGAGGGGGUGGCGGAAGUUUCCAGAAGGCGCAGACAGAGUGGAACACGGGUGUUUGGCGGAACCCGCCAUCGAGGGAGGCCCAAUACAACAACUUUUCAGGGAACAGCCUGCCUGAGUACCCCACCGUGCCCAGCUACCCAGCCAGUGGCAGCCAGUGGCCCUAGAGAGUGCCAGCCAGCCCUUCUGCUGCCCACUGCCUCCCUCCACUGCCUUGUCCAGAGAGCCCAAGUGUCUGUCCCCAUAGCCCUCCCAGGAGGGCCCCAGCGGGGGCCACAGACCCCAUGUCCAUCUCACGCCCAAAGCAGGGCUCCUCGCAAGCACUGCCUGGCAGGACGCCCUCUGGAUCCUGGAAACAUGUCACCUUGACAUCCCCUCAAGGCAGCCCACAGCCCUGUCUCUCCUGGUCACAGAGGCGUGACCCGCUGGAGCCCCCGGGGAGAAGGCAGAGCAGCCUGGCCUCGGCUCCAUCUCACACCCCCUGCCCUGCGCCCUGUGACCAGGGCAGCAGCCCUGACCCAGGAGGUGGCCUCACAGCGCCAGGCUUUCUUUCCCCUGGGGCGACGGAGGGGCUUGAUGUACAGCCCGGUCUUCGAUAUUUUUGUCAUCUCCCAAGUCCCCAUCGUCCUGCAUCUGACGGCCCUUGGUGACCAGCACACAGAUGGUCAGAGGCAGAUCCCGCCCCCUCAGCCUGGCGGAGGUCUGUGCUGCGCCCCCAGGCUCUCCCUUCACUCCUGCCUGAGGGUGUAAUUGUGGGGACACCUUCCCCCUCCUGGCCAGGGACCUCGGGCAAGACCCACCUGCACCCCAAAUCCAGGACCCAGUUGCUAUGGUGGAGGAGAGAGGCUCCCCCAGACCCAGCAACCCCAGAGGAAAACAGUUACCAUCUCCGCAGAGCCCGUGGGGCCGCCUGUCCCCAGCACAGGAGGGUAACGCUGGAACCCGGAGGCUCCUGUUGAGACAUCGGAGCUGAAGAACCUUUUUCUCAGUCUGCGGGAAGCAGAGACGGUUUCUCAGGAGACAAAGCCCAAGAGUGGCCUUUUCCGAGGAGUUGAGAUGUGAUACAUCCCUGUGCCUUAUCGAGGAAUUUCAGCAAACGUCACUAUUGUUUUCUUCAAUCCUUCUAACUCUCCUCGAGGCAGUUUUGUCCGACUCGAAAGAGCUGAAACACAUCUCGGGGAUUUCCACGGGACCUUUGAUAAGGGUUAGGCCAAAAAGAAGCCUUUGCCGAGUCACCUUUUGUUGCUCGCCAGCUAUGUCCUGGGGCACCCUGGGCCGCUGCCCCUAUCCCCCGACCACCCCCCGCAGGACAGGGGCCUCCCAGCACCUGCCAUGCACCCCCCACGCUCAUUUGCUUUGGCUGCUGUGCCAAACGUCCUUGGUGCCCAAAGGUGGCCACGGUGCCGGGGUGGGAGGGAAGGAAGCCAGGAUAGGAAACCCUGCGGCCACAGAUCUGUGCCUUGGGUCGUCUGUCCUCAGGUUACACCUCUGGCCGACCCCUUGCCAAGAGGCACCCACUCAGCUGGCCACGAGGCUGAGUGUCAGCUCGCCCGGGGCUACUAACAGCAGGUGCAGGGGCCUUAGGGUACCUGGCAGUGCCCGCCCACCCAGCUGUGCUUUGCCCUUAUAACGACGUGGGGGUUUUUGUUACAUGAACAUACCUGGAAAUAAAUAUUUCUGCAUCAGACCGA